AUGAGCCCUCGACACUAUCAAGUGCAGAACGAGGCCACCCGCAGCAUCCGCACUGCCUCUCCUCAUCGACCAACUACGCGAACCUCCACCUCGUCCGACUCCUCCUCAUCCUCCGCCAGUAGCUCGCCCUCCUACUCGGAGUCGGCCAUCGCCUACGCAUUGAACACGAACACCUCUUACGCACGGGUCGAGGUUAUGCGCUGCUCGCGCUGUGCGAAGUGCGUCGAGACCAUCGUCACUUCAAGAUCCGGGAGGGUCGGCCCAGAUGAUGCUGAGGCAUCAGGCAUGGUCAGAUUUGGCCACAACCUCUACUACUGUGAUCGAUGCGCACGCAUGGUGGGCUACAAGUGA